GAAGUCACACUUAUUAAUUCUAUUAAUUAUUUAUGUACGAAUUUCGCUUUCUUCGCGUUACUUUCUCUCCCUCUCUCACACACAGACACGAUUGACAAUCUUCUUCAACGACGAUCCAAAUUUUUCUCGAAUUCAAUUUAAUUAAUUCUGCCUGGACGCCGCGCAACUCUUUCUGGCGAUCAAUCUCUUACACUCCGAGAGUUCUCUGAAUCUUUUCCCCUAAUUCUUCGUCUCCUUCGCGCUAAUCGAGCGUUCCGGUGCUUUAGAACCUCGUUGAAUCGGUAAAGAUAUUAUAUCCUGGACGUGAUAUUUCUGAAGGUGAAAAGAACGUUUGCUGAUUUUUUCAUUGUUACUCUAUCAACCGAUCGAUGAGGUUUAUUUGGCUGUUCUCGGCUUCAAUUCUGCUAAGAUUUGCCAUCCCCGUUAGCAAUUUGAAGCAACAUUGACGAACAAUAUUAGCAUUUGAAUCUCUUUAGAAUCUUAUUCAUCUUAUGUUAAAUUAAGUGUUGCACUGGUAGAUCUCAGUUCAACUAUUUGCUGUCUGGAACUUCUUGGUUUUCUGUUCGUUGUAUGAAGAAUUUACUUGAUUCGCAUUGAAAGCUAUGACCUCAACUUCACCUAGAGGGCAUGCCUCAAUGGUUGGCUUUCUACGGAGCAUCAACUCCAUUGUGGUCACAGUAAUAGCACUAGCAUUGUUUUUGAUUUUUGCUUCAUUGCUUUCGGUUCCUUCCCCAGUUGGGUCUGCAAUUCGUAGUUAUUUUUAUGGCGCGGAUCCUUCGCCAAGACUGGAAGUCUCAAUUCUUGAGGGGAAUCAAGCUCAAAUUAUUGGUGAUGGUGUUAAUGGCUCAAAAAAUUUGGACUCAUUGGUGCCGAGUGGUAGUCAGAAUACAAUUAAAACUAGCUCUGAUCAAAAUAAAAUUGAUGAUGACUUGCAAAAAGCUGCUUUGCCCAUUCCACUGGUCAAUCAAGGUACAACUGAUCCAGGCCGAACCAACAAGGAAGAUGCAAUUGAUGAGAAUCUGCAUUCUGAGUCUGGAGAAACUAAGAAGUCAUCUAGUUUACAGCGGGAGGAAAUGCCUGUGAGUUCUUCUGGUCCUACAGUUGUUUCAGAGGCAAAGGAGAUGGUGGGUGUGCAUGUGCCUGUACCCUCUCCGUCUUCUAGUUUAAAAAGUGAUGUCGUGAUCAUGCAAAGUUCUGCUACAUCCAAUGCUGCAAAAGAGCUUGUGCCAUCUUCAUCUUCAACACCAAAUGAAGCAGGGAAGGGUGGCUCAGUUAAUUCAGGCUGCGAUCUGUAUCAUGGACGCUGGUUUCAUGACUCUUCUGGACCAUUAUACACGAACAACACAUGUCCUAUUGUCACGCAGAUGCAGAACUGCCAGGGGAAUGGGAGGCCAGACCAGGAUUAUGAAAACUGGCGAUGGAAACCUUCUCAGUGUGACCUCCCACGAUUUGAUGCCAAAAAAUUCUUAGAGUUGAUGAGAGGGAAGACACUGGCAUUCAUUGGUGAUUCAGUUGCUCGGAACCAGAUGGAAUCAAUGCUGUGCAUUUUAUGGCAGGUAGAAGCUCCCAAGAAUCGGGGGAGUCGAAAAAUGCAGCGGUGGUUCUUCAAGUCAACAUCUACCUCUAUUGUCCGGAUAUGGUCUUCAUGGCUUGUCCACCAAACAUCUGGACAGUUAGAUUAUGCUCCUGAGGGUGUUGUCAAGCUCCACCUAGAUGCACCUGACAUGAACUUCAUGGAAUUCAUCCCAAGGUUUGACGUGAUUGUCCUUUCUUCUGGACAUUGGUUUGCUAAGCAAUCAGUCUAUGUCUUGAACAAUGAGAUUGUAGGAGGGCAACUGUGGUGGCCAGACAAGUCUCGCCAGAUGAAGAUUAACAACAUUGAAGCAUUUGGUAUAUCUGUUGAAACAAUUCUCACUGCCAUUGCUUCUCAUCCUAAUUACACCGGCCUGACCAUUGUCCGUUCCUUUUCACCUGAUCAUUAUGAGGGUGGGGCCUGGAACACAGGUGGAUCAUGCACUGGAAAGGUAAAGCCUGCCUUGGAUGGUGAAUUGGUGGAAAAUGGCUUUACUAAUAUAAUGCAUGAGAAGCAGGUGAUGGGUUUCAACGAGGCGAUGAAGAAGGUGAGGGACAAAUCAAAAUUGAAGUUGAUGGAUAUCACUGAAGCUUUUUCAUACCGCCAUGAUGGACAUCCAGGCCCAUACCGGAGUCCUGACCCAAAUAAGAUCACCAAGCGAAGCCCAGAUGGGAAGCCCCCGCCCCAGGAUUGCUUGCAUUGGUGCAUGCCCGGUCCUGUUGAUACUUGGAAUGAGCUUGUGCUUGAGGUCAUUAGGAGAGAAUUUGAAGGCCGUCAAAGCUCUGCUUCUUGAGAUGUCUGCAUUUGGUUGCUGACCAACCUUUUAUUAUUUAUUUAUUUAUUUUUUCUUCUGUAGUUGCCAUUCAUGCGGUAAAAUAUAUCAAGUUAUGGCUAGGGUGAGGAGUAGCUUCCAUCUUUCCCCUUUUUUUUCUCUUAAUAUUAAUAUUUUUGUAGCAAAAUUUGCUGUAACAGAUACGAGAAUCAGGGGUUAGUUGUGAAAUAUGAGGUUAUUAAUUUGUUCAAUUAUCGAAGUCAAAUAUAUCCUUUUGGAUCCGUUAAUAGCUCUUCUAUUUUAGUAUUAUCUUUGUAGAUGAUUUGGAAGAAAAACAGAAUGAGUAAUGCUAUACAACAUUUUCAUGUGCAGUUGUGCAUGGGAUAAAUCAA